GUUGAAGACCAUCAUGGCGAGGGGCUCGAGGGACAACGACCACUACGACGACGACCACGAUACUGACGCUGAAUCCGAGAAGGACCUCAUUCCACCUCGAAAAAGUGGUGUUCGUAAACGGCUCAGUGAGGCUUUCAUUCCGGAAAACGACAGCUUUACCUCAGACUCCGGUCGCGUCCCUCUCAAAUCGGUGAACAUUAACGAUGAUGCUGCAGAGAAAAGGAGAAGAAGGAAGAGCACCAAGAUUCAUGGAGUUGAAGCCCCAGUUGCUAGUCCUUCGAGCGAUCCUAAUGACCAGGGUGACACUUCGCGCAGCAACAGACAGAAGCAGCAGCUCAAUACUAUUGCCCCGCCGGUCAUCAAGGUACCAUUGGACGUUAUGAGUUCCAACUUUGAGGAAUGGAUGAAGAUGGCAACAGACAACAAAAUUAAUGCCGCCAACUCAUGGAAUUUUGCACUUAUUGACUAUUUUCACGACAUGUCAUUACUCAGGAAUGACGACGACAAUUCCAUCAACUUUCAGCGCGCGUCAUGUACUCUUGACGGUUGCGUUAAAAUCUGGACCAGUCGGGUUGACAGUGUCGGCUCUGAAACUGCCAAAUUAGCAAGUAAUCUUGCAUCUGGUCGAAGCGAUGAUGCGGAGGAAUCGGGCCAAGAGGAUACAGAGGAGGACCCGACGCAACCAAAGAAGAAGAAGCAUCGGUCUGCUGCCACCCUCGUGAAGGACCCCUCCCAACUCAGGAUCAAAAAACUAGAGCUGGAGUUCAGUGUAGAUCCAUUGUUUAAGAAGACCUGUGCCGAUUUUGAUGAGGGUGGUGCCCAAGGGCUUCUAAUGAACCAUCUCAGUCUUGGUGUAGGUAACGAUGGCGGGCUGAGGGUUGUUUUUGACGCGGGUGAUUCUGUAAGCAAAGGUGAGGAUGAUGAAGACGUAGAUGAACCAGAGGAUUUCAUAGAUCUGAGCUAUCUUCGCAAGGAAUUCCUACCUGAUCUUAAUGCGCUGGAGUACAAGGAAAUUUGUCACUCCCUUAAAGACUUUUCUUUUUCCAAGAAAACCUUUUCGUCUGCAGAUACGACUUUCUACAAGGAUAAUCCACAAGCCGACUUCGAUGACGAUGAUGAAGAAUUUGGUCCAGCGGAUAGCCUCGACAUGGAUAUCGACAAUUCAGAACAAGCCAUUGAAGAUUUCUUCCAAGGGGAUGAAGCUCCAGCAGAUGCUUACGCAGACGAAUCGUUUGACGGCGAUAACUUUGGAGGGGACGAUUUUGGAGGCGGAGACGAGCACUCCAAUGAUUCUUACGGUGUUCCCGCUGACCACGACGGCAGUAGCACGGGAACUUAUGCAUCGUUUGAUCCUCGUCAAGCUUCCAAUGAUCAUAACCUUGUACUGGCCAUGGGAGGUAAUGUUGAUGCCACCAUGGAGUCCUUCGACAAGACGUUCAAUACGAAUUGGGCGGGUCCCGAGCACUGGAAGCUCCGGAGACUUUUCAAGAAACCAGUGGAGGUAGAUCCAACCAAAGGUCCCAAACCCCGCAGAGAGAAGAAGGAAGCGUUCAAGAUCGAUUUUCUGACACCACCAGACCCAAAUAUGGACCAGGAAGAUAUGAAGAAGGAGCUGUUUGCGCCAGCGGCCAGAGGCGCCGGUAUCAACCUUGCAGGAACUAGUAGUGCUUCCCGAAAGAGCAAGAAGAAAGGGAAAGAAAACGAAAAACGCGAUGAUCAUAGACUUCCUGACGACAUGCACUUCACGAGCAAACAGCUAGUUUCCCUCUUUUUGAAGCCCAAGUUCUCGCUCAAAAUGCGGGGUCGUCGCUUUGACAACAAUGAGGAGAGCGGAGAAGUUGACGAGAGAUAUUGGGCCCAAGCUGCCGCGGACCAAGCUGCCGGACGGGGAAGAAUCAAUGAUGACCAAACUGAAAACGGAGGCGCGGUCCCAUUCAACACGCAGUUCUUUAAUGAAGAUGACGACGAUGACGUCCCGGUCUUCGGUUUCGAUGAUGCUUUCGAAGCUGAUGGAAUGGGCCUUCCAGCAGAAGGGGAAGACCUCUUAGCGGCAACUCAAGGUCAAACACGCCGUGUUAAGCCUGCCUUUGUGAACUAUACCAAACGAGCGAAAAGAGUAGACGUGAGAAAGCUAAAGGAGAAUAUCUGGAAGGGCCUCGAUAUCGUAGUGUCUCAUGGCGAAGCGGACGAUGGAAUGGAUGUUGAUGAAGUGGCGUCAACUGAUCCUGCGGAAGCUCGGGAAUUCAGUUCCGUGCUAUCGGGAUUGCAAACCUCUUAUCCCCAAGAUAAGUUGCAGGAAUUAAGUACAAGCUUCUGCUUCAUCUGCCUUCUGCAUCUUGCGAACGAGCAAGGGCUCAAGAUCGAAAACGGAGAAAAUUCAACGACCAGUGUAGAGGAUACGGAAGGUGUCGGGAAUAUAUGGAACCUAAAGGUGUUCAGAGACCCGACCGCUACGCUCUCGGCGUGACCUGACGGUAUGACAGGGUUCGAAAUAUUUACUGGGGCGGCAUUUCUUUUCGUAAUAAUGUAUUGACUUUUUUUUCUUGAUUUGUGUAUUACAAUCUAUAUGAUAUCAUUCUCCGUAUCUGCCAAAAUCUGUUCUCUGUAUAUUACUACGUCCUGGGUUACUCAACAUUUCAUGACUAAUCAUCAGCUGCGGUACUAUGCGGGAACUCCGUUUUCUAGUACAGUAUCUAGGUAGCAAGGGACGUCGAAGCUCUGAAUGUUCAAUGUUCGCCCUAUGACAACAG